CCGACAACUCAUUCAUGAGAGGGUUGCGGACGCGUUUGGUUCAUUUCGUGGUUAAUUCGCGCAAACUUUAAAUCGCAGCAGCGUGUUAGCGUGUCGAAAUUUUUUCAAACAACUUUUGUUAAGUGUUUGAUCAAAGUGAACAUCUGUGAUACUAAGCAGUCAAGUGAUUUAAUUAUUUAUUAUAAACCUAUAUAUAGCAAACAACUAGUUUAAACAAAAGUCAAUAUGUCGUGUAAUAAUUUUGAAGUAUUUGAUGCCAACCCUGUGGUUCAACCCUUUAUGGCAGGCCAAUUUAACCUUACCAACGCAUGUGAUAACUUAGCUGCCUUACCUAUGCACAACUUUUCAUCGUUAAUGGCGGUGGGAAUGAAUCUAUUCAAUCACAUUUUAAUUGUAACACUCACCUCUUACAUGGUCUACAAAUGCUGGCUUAUGGAAUUCCAAAAGACUGCGCUCCAUGCCCAUUUAUGCACAAUAGGGUUCGUACUGCUAAUGGCCGAAGGUGUGAUGGUACGCUAUCGAGCAAAUAUAUUAUUUUCCGACUAUUCGGCCGAAAGUAAAACUUUGCUCCAUGCUUUGCUACAAUUCAUUGGAGGCUUUUUGGGCAUUAUAGGCACUUUACAAAAGUAUUGGGGCAAGGAGGUGCACUUUAAAUCAAGACAUGCCAAAUUUGGUCUGGCUGCCUGCAUAUUUUGUUUCAUUAACUUUGUGGCCGGAUUUUGUGUGCUCAUACUACCCUCAACCCGCAUGACUAUGAAGCUGUUACACACCUCCUUGGGUCUAUUGACAUUUGUAACGGGCAUGUUGGCCCAGAUCUUUGGCUAUGAUACUGGAUUCUUUCAUCGCAAUUUCACCCACAAGCGUUUGUUCAAAUUUGUCACCUUUGUAAUUUUGGCCAUAUCCAUAAUUGGCCCCUUCAAGACAAUGACCUAUAAAAUGCAUUUGAUCUUUUUCGGCAACACUCCACUGCGUGGAAAUAUAUAAGGAGACAUAACUGUGAUAGACCAUUCUUAUUGAUUAUGCGCUAUUUUUUUCUCAGUUUUAAUAUACAUGUACGUAGUUUCAUUAAUUAAUUUAAGCAUCCCCAAUUUACCAUUGUAUAUAUAGAGAAAAAAAUAUAAAAAUUAUAAAACAUUGUAA